AGAUAUAUUGUUGCAUGAACUGUUUUGCUUUUUUGAAGAAUCCUUUUGAGACUACUUCUUACAGCGGUCCAUGAGCUUCGUGGCUCGUUUGCAUGAAUUUGUAACAUCAAUCAGCAGAGCGAGUAUCCAACUAUUGUUUCCGCGGUAGAAUUUGCCAUAACGCAAAUCAACAGGCACCAGCAGGGCAAGCCCUUUGCCGCUGCAAGGCUUGAAAGCCAGGAUGGCGGAAGCUGUACCAGCAUGGGUUUUCAAGCUAUACAACCUGCCCUUGUCUGAUGAUGAGAAGGGGCAAGCCAUAGCGAUUCUCGCGCGCAUGCCCAACGCUGCGCUCUUCUUUUGGGGCAACGAGGCAACUUCUGUCGCAGCUGUGAAGCAUCUUCUGCGGCAAGGUGACGCAGGCGCGGCGGCUGGCCUGGGCGUAGGGAGCGCGGCCGGGGCCGGCGCGGCAGCUUCCCAGGGCGCAGAGACCGCGGUGGGAGCUGGCGUGGCGGCAGGGCAGAGCUUAGGAGGCACCGCAGACGCUGGCUACUUCGCGGACCUCUUCCCAUCCGCCCUCUACUGCAUGACCUUCACGCUGUACGAUGGCGUCGACGUGGCCAUGAGGCUUGUCUCUCACGCAAAGGCCAACGGAUUCAGGGGCGAGGUCAGGCACGUGUCGACAUCACGCUCCGACUUCACGCUCCUGCUCAAGACUGAUGACGUGGGCAAGCAAACUCUGAAGGGCUUCGCAAGCUGGCUGGCGACACAGGUGCCGGUCCGCGCCCCUGGCGCAGAGGCAAGUACGGCGUUUGCGAAAGCCGCGGAAGCGGACGCCGCGCGGGUGGAGGUGACGUCGGACCCAUUCAACCCUCUCACCCGCGACCGGGAGCUGCUGGACAUGUACAACGAGGGGUGGCUGACUGCUGUCUACGCUACUACGGACGUGCGGCGGGCGCUGGAGAAAGCUAACACGGAAGCGGAGCGGCGGGAACGGCCCAGCAAAUCCAGCCUGGGCAAGUCGAGAGCGUCUUCGUCGCACGCCGAGUGAUGGUGGUGUCAUUUGGGCGGCUGGAAGCUGUGGGAGGCAACAAGGGCGGGGUAAUGGGCUUUUGGGGGUACAGGGAUUGGUGCCGGGCCAGCUGGUGGUGGCGGUGGUCGCCGCCCCAAGCCCACCACCAGCUACUGUGGUGGCACGCAUGUGCGGAGCGGAGGGGGCGGACAGGGCCAUGUCGAGGAGGAGAAGAGCGCCGCCCCGGCGCGCAGGUUAAGGCCUGCCAUGGUGCGAUUAGUGACGUCUAUGCAAGUAUGGCAUGUUGAUUUAUCUGGCGGGAUGCUUUAGCUUGACGUGAUUGGACGCAACUUGGUGGGCGGUGCCUGUUCAAACCGAAUCCAGCAACGUCUGGGAGAUGAGGCGUUGUUUCGAAACCUUCGGCCUCAGACAGUACACGCGGUGUAGACUUGGCCACUUGCCUUGUCACGGGAGACCACCUUGUAUGUCAACGUCUGGGAUGAGAAAUGCCCAAAGUUUUACUCUAAUUGACACCUCCAUUUUGGCUGAGUUUCAUGUUUCAUGUGAGUUCCGCUCCAGUUUCGGCUUCUGGAGGUAGAUCCCAGUUUCAGCCGUGCAAAACCAGCGUAUGGAAACCGGGUCAGCCCCAUGCGUCUCUCUGAGUUGUGUGUGUGUGGUUACAAGGUGGUGAGCACGACGUGCAUUCCUGUCCUUGUAGAAAACUAGGCCCGGGCCGGGGGGCCCUUAUAACGCCUGCAACACUUA